GCUCUUUUGAUGAUGAGUUUGAAGACCUCCUGGGAUCCAGUGACAAAGUCUCUGUUCAAUCUGCCAGAGCUUCCCAGCUGGCUGGGGACAGCAGUGGGAGAGCCCGGGGCAGCAGCUCAAGAACUUUCUCUCCCAGGUCCUUUCUAGAGGAUGAUUUCUUCAGCAAACUCCCUGCAGAGGACGUUGCAGCUGCAGGGGGAUCCAGUGCCCCUGGUGCAGACCCACCAGUUCUGCUGCAGAGCCUGAAGGACAUGGAUGAGAUGGAUGCUGAGCUCCUGGGAUUAUCAAAACCCAGCUCUGGGCCAGGGAUGAUGACUGUGAAAGGUCCUGGGAAAUGUGACUCCUUGGGAGGAGGAGUGAGAACUGCUCCUGAGAAAGGAGAGCCAGUGCCUGUGAUGAAGAAGAAGCCACUCUCAUCCCCUGCUGCUUCCCAAAAGCACAAGAAAUUGAGCUUUGCAGAUUUAGAUGAUCCUUUGGCAGGGCUUUUAUCUGAUGAGGAGCAGGAUGCUCCCAAGAAGCCACCUCCAGCAGGCACUAGGAGCAGCCCUGAGGAAAAACCAAAAUGGAGCAAAGAGAAAGAUCCCAAGCCACCCCAGACCCCCCUGCACGUGGCGGCCUCAGCCCGGAGGAGGCCCGAGCUCACCUUUGAAGAUGAUGGGGAGGACUUGCUGGAUGCACUGGGAUUGGGCAGGUGCCCAGAAGGAAAUGAGAAGCAGGAACAGAAGGCAGAAGAAGAGAAGCUCCGGCCAGACCACUCCAAGCUGGAUGAGUUGCUGGGACGAGGCUCCGUGGCCAAAGUCCUGGAAGAGCCAGGCACAGGAGAGCACGAGGAGUUCCAGCUGGAUAAGAAGGACCCAAAGCAGCCUGAGAAGGAAGAGGAUUGGAACAAGGAGGAUUUUGUCUUUGGAGCGUACCAGCCCACGGUGGCCACCAUGCCCAGGGGCCAGGCGUGGAGGAGGCAGCCCGUGAGCAGGUUCUCAGCCGAGGGUGGCGAGCUGAAAGCAGAGCCCAGCUCCAGAGCUCCUCCUGCAGCCAGGCAGAGCCCCCUGAGGAGCAGCGGGGCCGGGGCCGACUGGCUGGGCCUCAAGGAGGAGGAUCUGCUGCCUUCAGAGCUGCCUGUGGCCAAGGCCACACCUAAAGCUGAGCCACGGGAGGAGGAGGAGGAGGAGGAGGAGGAGGACUGGCUCAGUGCUGCCUUGGCCCGCAAGAGAGCCCUGGCACAGGCAAAGGCCCAGGAGAGAGCUGCCAAGCCCUCGGAGGCCCCAGGCAAAGGGCUGGAUCCCCCCUCUCCAGCCAGUUUACCAGCUGCCUCCACAGCAGCCCCACAGCAGGCAGCUGCCCUGCAGGACAAGGCAGCGAGCACGAGUGGGUCCAGGCAGCCCGUGCCCUGGCUCAGCACCACGGAAGGAGCCUCAGCUCCCCCCUGGGAGCCCACGAAGGGGGAUCCCAGCAGAGACACCGGCGCCCUGGCCUCCUUGCCAGGAGAGCAGGAGAUGCAGGGCCCUGCCCAGCUCGCUCAGGUUGCCACAGCCCCAGUGAGCCUCCAGCCUGCCCCACAGCUGCAGUGGCAGGCAGCCCUGCUCAGCACCCAGGCCCGUGUGGCAGAGCUGCAGAGCCAGGUCCAGACCCUGGAGCUGGAGCGGACGCAGCACAAGCUCUUGCUGGAGAGUCUCCAGCAGAGGCACCAGGAGGACCUGAACCUCCUCGAGAGCAGCUACAGGAGCCAGCUGAAGGUGCUGGAGGAGACGUGCAGGCAGCGGGAGGAGAGGCUGCGGCGGGAGCGGGAGCAGGUGUCCGUCGAGGAGAUGCGGAAGGAGCACGAGGAGCAGCUCCAGUGGCUGAAGAGGCUGAAGGAGGAGGAGGUGGAGGCUGUGACCAGCGCCGUGUCCCACACCAGGUCUCUGAACGGUGUCAUGGAGCAGAUGGAGAAGUUCUCCAGGGACCUGCAGGAGCUCUCACGCAGGAUGGAGGCCACGCAGCACAGCACCUCCCAGGAGCUGGCCACGGAGGCACGGCAGCAGGGCGAGCAGCUCAGGGCGUCCCGGGGGUGUGCAGAAGGGGAUGAGCUGAACACGUGGAGUUUUUCCAUGAGGAAGGCGGAGGAGGAGCGGGGCCGGCUCCAGGAGACCGUGGCCAAGCUGGAGGCCAGGCUGAGGGAGCAGAGCGGGCUGCUGGAGCAGGAGCGAUGGAGGGUGGCCGUGGAGCAGUCCAGGGUGGAGUCUCUGCAGCACUCUCUGGAGGAGCAGCGGCGAGUGGUGGCCCAGCAGCUGGCCACGCAGAGAGGGGAGCUGGAGAGGGCCAAG